UGUUUACACAGGUGGCACAAGUUUGAGAAAGCUAAAUAGGCUUUAUCUAGUGAAUGUGAGUAUUAGUGAUGGAAGCAGCCUCUUACAAACAUUGGGCUCACUGCCAUCCCUAAAUUUUGUUGAACUCGAGUAUUGUAACAUUAGUGGAAGAGUUCCUAUUCAUGAGUGGCCUUCAUGGAAGAAUUUAACAGAUUUAUCAAUUCAUUACUCUGUUUUUGAUAAUUACUUUUUUCAUUUGCUUGGGGGUAUAAUUUCUCUUCAGUCUAUUGAUAUUUCGAGUAGUAACCUCAACGACAAUCUAUUCGACCAAGGAUUGCCUGUGUUCAAGAAUUUGACACAUUUAUAUAUCUCUGGUACUGUUUUUCAUAUCAACUUUUUUCAAAUGCUUGAGGACAUGACUUCUCUUCAAUCUAUUAUUAUUUGGGAUUGUAAGUUCGACAACACUACAUUUAACCAAGAUUUUCCCACUUUCAAGAAUUUGAAAUAUUUAAGCAUUUAUUCUACUCAUCUUCGGAUGCACAGUGGAUCAUUUCUUGAGCGAGGAAUUUGUAACUCACUUCAACUACAGGUGUUACAAAUUGUAGACAGUGAUUUGUGGGGUAGCUUGCCUUGGUGCCUUGCAAACUUGACUUCCUUGAAGCAUUUGAUAUCUCAUCAAAUCAAUUUACUGAAGACAUCUCUUUAUCUCCUCUCAAGGUGCUAACAUCUAUCCAAUACUUAAAACUUUCAUACAAUCAUUUCCAAAUUCCAAUUUCCCUCGAACCAUUUUUUAACCACUCAAAACUCAAGGCCCUCUAUGGUGAGAAUAAUGAACUAUAUGUAGGAACUGAGUCACAAUAUCUGGCCCCAAAAUUUCAAUUAAACCACAUCAUAUUACCUACAUAUGGAUAUAAUGGUUCAUUACCCAAAUUCCUCUACAGUCAAUAUGACUUACAAGAAGUUGAUCUAUCCAACCUUAAUUUGAAAGGAGAGUUUCCAGUUUGGUUAUUAAACAAUAAUACCAACCUAAAAAAGCUUUAUUUGGUGAAUAAUUCUCUUUCAGGACCUUUGCAAAUGCCAAUUCAUUCUCACAUGUCUUUGAAAGAAUUAGAUAUCUCUAUCAAUUCCUUCUAUGGGCAUAUUCCAAUAAGAAUUGGAGCUUAUUUACCAAUGCUACAAACUUUAAACAUUUCUCGAAAUGCUUUAAAUGGUAGCAUUCCCUCAUCUUUUGGUGACAUGAAAUCAUUAGAAAGUUUGGACUUGUCCCAUAACUUAUUGAUUGGACAAAUACCUUACCAAAUUGCCAUAGGUUGUUUCUCAUUGCAAUUCCUUGUAUUGUCAAAUAACAGCUUGCAUGGUGAGAUAUUCCCAACAACUUUUAACUUGAAAAGCUUGUUAAAGUUACAAUUGGAUCGCAAUAAUUUCACUAGAAAAAUCCCGGAUGGCUUGUCUAAGUGCUCCUUGAAAGGGUUGUAUAUAAGUGGUAACCAUCUUGUUGGCAUGUUACCACGAUGGUUAGGAAAUAUGCCAAAUUUGAGAGAUAUUAUAUUGUCAAAUAAUCAUCUUGAAGGUGCAAUCCCUUUGGAGUUUUGUCAAUUAGAAAAGCUUGAAGUAUUAGACCUUUCAGAGAAUAAUAUUACUGGGAGUUUACCAUUUUGCUUUCCGCCUUUGUCAAUUAUACAAGUUCAUUUGUCAAGAAAUAAGUUACAGGGACAGCUGAGUGAUGGAUUCUCUAAUAGUUCUUCCUUAAUAACAUUAGAUAUUGGAUAUAAUCACUUUGAAAACAACAUUCCAUAUUGGAUUGAUAAGCUUUCCAAUUUGACUUAUCUUAUCUUGAGCAAUAACAAUUUUCAAGGUGAAGUGCCAAUCAACUUGUGCAAGUUAGGACGAUUACAAUUGAUAGAUCUUUCUCAUAACAAGCUUUCUGGGAGUAUCCCUCAUUGCUUAAAAAUUGCAAUAGUAAGAGUUGCCUCUUAUUCCUCACUUGAUUUUACUAGGCCUCAAAUUGACCCACCUAAUGUUGUUACAUCUCCAACGGAAACUGCAAUGAGAAAAGAAAAAAGUAUAGAGUUUACAACAAAGACCAAAUCUUACUCUUACCAAGGAAGAAUCCUCUCCUACAUGUCUGGUAUUGAUCUUUCCAAUAAUAAGUUUGUUGGAAUCCAUGCACUUAAUCUCUCUUACAACAAUUUGACGGGACCAAUCCCAUCAACGUUUUCAAAUCUCAAGCAGAUUGAGAGUUUGGAUCUUUCAUAUAACAAUUUGAAUGGAAAAAUCCCUCCUCAAAUUGUUGAACUAAAUAAUUUGGCUGUUUUCAAUGUGGCCUAUAAUAAUUUAUCUAGCCAAACUCCUGACAGGAUUUUUCAAUUUGGGACAUUCGAAGAAGGUAGUUAUGAGGGAAAUCCACUUCUCUGUGGACAACCAUUGCCCAAAACUUACAAUGCAAUUGAAUCACCAUCAUUGAUGCCCAAAGCUUCAAGUAAUAGUGAAGGAGAUAAUAAUAUCAUUGAUAUGGAUAUCUUCUAUAUAAGUUUUGUAGUUUCUUAUAUAAUUGUUCUCUUAGCAAUUGUUGCAAUUUUGUACAUAAAUCCUUAUUGGCGUCAUACAUGGUUUUAUUUUGUUAAGUUGUGCAUAACAUCCUGCUACUAUUUUAUUGUAGAUCAUCUCCCUAAGUGAUUUGGUGAUGAAAAAUUAGUUGGAUUUUAUGUACUUGUAUAUCUUGCAAAUUUGCUUUGUUUUGAUUUGCUCUUCAUAUCUUAAAUCAUUCUAUCUAUAUUAAAAGUGCCAACCUAUUUUUCCUUGAUUUUACCAUCAUUUUGAAGAGAGCUAUGAAAUUAUAUGCUGCCAGUUAUUUUGUUAACAUGUAUUAAACUUGUAAUUAGAAACGUAACUAACUGUUGUAGGGGCUUAUAUGUCAUUAUAUAGCAAGGCCAAAAUAGUUAUUUUGGUGGUAAGAUAUUUUAUUAACCCUUGGUAUAUAAACCAAGGUUAUUCAUCUAGAUAGAAUUCAAGAUAAUUCUACUUGGUUGUUCAUCUCUUUUUUUUAUUUGUUAGGAUUUAUUAUACAUUGACAAAACUCUCCAGUUUUCUUCAAUCUUGAGCAAGUUUCAGUGAGUUUUGUGAUUGUUUUGUAUUUAAGCAAUUGCGGUUACUUUUCUUGUAUAGAUCGAAGCUUUUUUUGUAUUAUAAGUUGUAAUACCUUGUUAUUAUAAUGGAUUCGAUUAGAACAUCUCCUCUUUGCCUUGGAUUAGAAAGCAUGAACCGAGUAAAUAUCAUGUUACAUUAUUUUCACAUUGUUGAUAUUUUCUUGUUAUUACUUGUUUCCAAAAUCUAAUUGUAUUGAUCUUUGUAUUAUAAAAACCAACACAGAUCUUCAAAGUUCAUUUGUGGCAAGGCUUUGGGGAAGAUAUCAACGAUUUGAAGAGACAAGAGCCUGUAAAUUAAAGAAAUAAUAUCUCCCUUUAUUUUGUCUUUGAUGAAAUAACGACCUAUCUCUACAUGUUUUGUUCUAUCUAUGUAGAGGAUUUUUGUAAUAUUUAUUGAUGUUUGAUUAUUACAAUACAUCUUUAUGAAUUUAACUACAAGAAUUUUAAUUCA